AGGGGGGAGGGGCGGAGCGUGGCAGCUGGCAGUAGUUCCGUCAGAGCGGACAUCUUGUGGCUGUGUCGUGCGCGUGAGCCCCGUAGGGCCGGGGAGGCACCAGCUGCCGCGCGGGGAGGAGGCCGAGGCCGCAGCUUGAGGGAGGCCCCGGCCCCUCUGCGCCUGUGUCUGGCAGAGCCGGUGUGAGACCAAGAGACAAUCCUUCCCAGCCGCCGGGAUAAUCAAGAGUUUUGGCCGGAACUUUGAACACACACCGAGAUAGUGAAGAGCCAGACGAAAAGCACAGACUAUGGCGCUGAAACGGAUUAAUAAGAUUAUCCAUAUGGAUUAUGCAUAAGUCAUGGAAGGGCUAAAUUACACUUACGUUGGAAAUAUAAGGUCAAAUGGAAUUGUGGAUACUGCUUGUUUUGCUAAGAGCAAAAUGCUUUUCUACCUGGAGAGGAACUUAGUGAUUUGGCCCGUGACCCUCCAGCACAAUGUUCUGCAGGUCCAGUUGGGGAUGAUAUGUUUCAUUGGCAAGCCACAAUUAUGGGACCUAAUGACAGCCCAUAUCAAGGCGGUGUAUUCUUUUUGACAAUUCAUUUUCCUACAGACUACCCCUUCAAACCACCUAAGGUUGCAUUUACAACAAGAAUUUAUCAUCCAAAUAUUAACAGUAAUGGCAGCAUUUGUCUCGAUAUUCUAAGAUCACAGUGGUCUCCUGCUUUAACUAUUUCUAAAGUUCUUUUAUCCAUUUGUUCACUGCUAUGUGAUCCAAACCCAGAUGACCCCCUAGUGCCAGAGAUUGCACGGAUCUAUAAAACAGACAGAGAUAAGUACAAUAGGUUAGCAAGAGAGUGGACAGAGAAAUACGCUAUGUUGUAGGGUACAACAGAAUAUCUCGGGAAUGGACUCAGAAGUAUGCCAUGUGAUGCUACCUUAAAGUCAGAAUAACCUGCAUUAUAGCUGGAAUAAACUUUAAAUUACUGUUCCUUUUUUGAUUUUCUUAUCCGGCUGCUCCCCUAUCAGACCUCAUCUUUUUUAAUUUUAUUUUUUGUUUACCUCCCUCCAUUCAUUCACAUGCUCAUCUGAGAAGACUUAAGCUCUUCCAGCUUUGGACAAUAACUGCUUUUAGAAACUGUAAAGUAGUUACAAGAGAACAGUUGCCCAAGAUUCAGAAUUUUUUAAAAAAUGGAGCAUGUGUAUUAUGUGGCCAAUGUCUUCACUCUAACUUGGUUAUGAGACUAAAACCAUUCCUCACUGCUCUAACAUGCUGAAGAAUCAUCAGAGGGGGAGGGAGAUGGAUGCUGAGUUGUCACAUCAAAGGAAGCAGCAUUAUUCUAGCAGCAUCCAUUCUUGUUUAAGCCUUCCACUGUUAGAGAUUUGAGGUUACAUGAUAUACUUUAUGCUCAUAACUGAUGUGGCUGGAGAAUUGGUAUUGAAUUUAUAGCAUCAGCAGAACAGAAAAUGUGAUGUAUUUUAUGCAUGUCAAUAAAGGAAUGACCUGUUCUUGUUCUACAGAGAAUGGAAAUUGGAAGUCAAACACCCUUUGUAUUCCAAAAUAGGGUCUCAAACAUUUUGUAAUUUUCAUUUAAAUUGUUAGGAGGCUUGGAGCUAUUAGUUAAUCUAUCUUCCAAUACACUGUUUAAUAUAGCACUGAAUAAAUGAUGCAAGUUGUCAAUGGAUGAGUGAUCAACUAAUAGCUCUGCUAGUAAUUGAUUUAUUUUUCUUCAAUAAAGUUGCAUAAACCAAUGAGUUAGCUGCCUGGAUUAAUCAGUAUGGGAAACAAUCUUUUGUAAAUGCAAGCUGUUUUUUGUAUAUACUGUUGGGAUUUGCUUCAUUGUUUGACAUCAAAUGAUGAUGUAAAGUUCUAGAGAGUGAAUAUUUUGCCAUGUUCAGUUAAAAGUGUGCAGUCUGUUACAGGUUGACACAUUGAUUGACCUGAUUUAUGCAGAAUUAAUAAGCUAUUCGGAUAGUGUAGCUUUAGUAUGCUGCACAUGAUACUGGCAGCCCAGGAGUUCAUAGAUGGACUUGGGACCCAGCAGUUUUGAAACGUGUAUAUGGAGUUUAAGAAAUUUAUUUUCCAGGUGCAACCCCCAUCUAACUAAAUUUUUUCUUCACCUUGUACACUUGACAGCUGAAAAAACCAUAACAUGGGAGUAAUAAUGGGUCAAAAUUUACAAAAUAAAGUACUGUUUUGGUGUGGGAGUUGUCAUAAGGCUAUGUUGAAGUGACUUAACUAUGUGGGAUAUUGAGUUUUUUUUUUUUUAAUGGAGUGAGUAUCCAUUAAAAUGAAUUUGUUCAGCCAUUUACAUUAAUGAGCAUUUAAAUGCAACAGAUAUCAUUUCAGGUGACUUAACAUGAAUGAAUAAAAGUCAAUGCUAUUGGAUUA